AAAUAGUGUAUUUACAUGUAAUAAUAAUGUAUACUUUAUCACAAGCGAAAAAGCUCUGCGAUUCAUGUUCUUCUUCGCCUUAUACAAUAAAGACAUGGUUUUUGCAUGUUUGUUUUUUUUUUUUACUUGAAAGUCAUCCACACUAGAGGGCGCCCCUGAGUUUGAAUUAAAAUCGAAUGUCUUCAGCUAUGGUCUCGUGAAGCAUUAUGGGACCAAACCGUAGGAAACAAAUAUAAACUCUGUAGCUGGUUCACAUCGUUAUAACGAGUGCUGUCAUAAAGCUGUGAAAGCGUGAGAUGUUCAUGCCGAUCCACAUUAUUCCUAGCAGGUUGAGUGUUGCGUUUUCUUAUCUGGAGUGCUGGCGGUGCAAUUAUUAUAUCUGUAGUAACAAUAAUAAAAACAACAACAAAAAUAGGACUAUUUGUUCUCUGGAUCGCGCCUAAAAGUAUUAUUAUAAGUAUACAGUUUGCAAUUCCUUUGGAAAGAUCACUAAAUUGAUGAUCUAUAAGUGAGAGGCUCGGAAGCACACCAUCUGAUGCUAUUGUAUUACCAUGUCUAGUACUAGAUGUGCAUGAAAAAGAAUAAAUAAAUCUGGCGUGCCCAUCUGCUAACAACACUGUUCUAGACUAGAACGGGAUUCAUGAGUUAAUUGUCUAGUUAGAUUAGACAAGGAUGGCGUCCACAGGGGCAGAUAAAUCUACCAAGAAGAAAACUGAGAAGAAAUUUGCUGCCAAAGAGGAAGCUAAACUGCUGGCGAGCUUUAUGGGGAUCAUGAACAAUUUGCGUAAGCAGAAAGCACUGUGUGAUGUGAUAUUAGUGGUGUCUGCAAGAAAGAUCCCAGCCCACAGAGUCGUCCUUGCAGCCGCCAGUCAAGUUUUUAACCUGAUGUUUACUUCAAACAUGCUGGAAUCAAAGGCAUAUGAAGUGGAACUUAAGGAUGCAGAACCUGACAUCAUUGAAUUGUUAGUGGAAUUUGCCUACACAGCAAGGAUCUCUGUCAACAGCAACAAUGUCCAAUCUCUGUUGGACGCAGCAAACCAGUACCAGAUUGAACCGGUUAAGAAGAUGUGUGUUGAUUUCCUCAAAGAGCAAGUGGAUGCAACUAACUGUCUUGGUAUUAGUGUGCUGGCGGAGUGCCUUGACUGCCCUGAGUUGAAAGCCACUGCUGAUGACUUCAUUUUCCAGCAUUUCACUGAGGUGUACAAGACAGACGAGUUCCUGCAGCUGGACGUGAAACGAGUCACCCAGCUGCUGCACCAGGACGCCUUGACUGUCCGCGUAGAGGACCAGGUGUACGACGCAGCAGUCAGGUGGAUCAAAUAUGAUGAGCCAAACCGACAGCAGCACAUGGUGGAUAUUCUGGCCAAGGUUCGCUUUCCUCUCGUGUCGAAGAACUUCCUGAGCAAAACUGUGCAAGCUGAGCCGCUGAUACAGGACAACCCACAGUGCCUCAAGAUGGUUAUCAGUGGAAUGCGUUACCACCUCCUUUCACCAGAGGACCGUGAGGAGUUGGGUGAGAGCAGCCGGCCAAGAAGGAAGAAGCAUGACUACCGCAUUGCACUCUUCGGGGGUUCCCAGCAGCAGUCCUGCCGCUACUUCAACCCCAAAGAUUAUAGUUGGACGGAUAUUCGCUGCCCUUUUGAAAAGCGGCGGGAUGCAGCCUCGGUCUUCUGGGACAACGUUGUCUAUAUUCUGGGUGGCUCUCAGCUUUUCCCCAUCAAACGCAUGGACUGCUACAAUGUGGUGAAGGACAGCUGGUAUUCCAAGCUGGGCCCGCCCACUCCUCGAGACAGUCUAGCCGCAUGUGCAGCCAAGGGCAAAAUAUACACUUCUGGGGGCUCUGAAGUCGGUAACCCUGCCCUGUACCUUUUUGAAUGCUACGACACAAGAACGGAGAGCUGGCUGUCCAAGCCCGCCAUGUUGAUCCCACGCUGCAGCCAUGGCAUGGUGGAGGCCAACGGGCAGAUCUACCUGUGUGGUGGGAGUCUGGGCAACAAUGUCUCUGGGAGGGUAUUAAACUCCUGUGAGGUCUAUGACCCGUCAACUGAGAAAUGGACUGAACUGUGCCCAAUGAUAGAAGCCAGAAAGAAUCACGGGCUUGUCUGUGUAAAUGACAGAAUCUAUGCUGUUGGAGGGCAGAAUGGAAUGGGGGGCUUGGACUCUGUGGAAUACUACGACAUUAAGACUGGCAAGUGGAAAAUGGUGUCUGACAUGCCUUGGAAAGGGGUCACCGUGAAGUGUGCUGCGGUGGGGUCCAUCAUUUAUGUCUUGGCUGGUUUCCAAGGGGUGGGUCGACUGGGGCACAUUUUAGAGUACCACACAGAAACGGAUAAAUGGGUCGCAAACAAUAAGGUGCGGGCAUUCCCAGUAACCAGCUGCCUUAUAUGUGUGGUGGACACCUGUGGAGCUAACGAAGAGACGCAUGACGAAUAAACCAUUGUCUGCAUAGAUGAUAUAAUAGCAACUCCUUCAUCUUGGAAACUUUUAUUUUAUUUGUUUGUAUUCAUAAAGUAGCACAGUGAUCAUGCAAAGGCUUCUUGGAUUUUUUUGUAAAUGCAUCUUGGGCUGUACUACUGUUACUGGUUUAGGACUUUGUUUGUAGCAUUAUUCUCCAUCUGUUGCAGUUCUAUAAUUAACUGUUUUUGCUUAAUGGUGGGGUGAUUUCUAGCUCUUCUUGGCAUCUCUUUGUAAAGCAAUUGUGGUAAUGAUUUGUUUACGUUCAGUUGUGUGUUUUUUUUGUUUUGUUUUUUUUUUUUUUUAAUUUUUCAAUAUUUGCACUAGAAUUCUGUUCCUAAUAAAUGUGUCGACUGAUUUUACUUGCAUAACAGAAUAAUAUCUCUGUUUUGAUAUGAUGGUGCCUACAGUUUGUUUUUUCUCCCAAACUUUAUGUAACUUCACAAAGUAUUUGAAAAUGUUAUGGGCCAACCAAAUAAAGUAUACUGUACACUA